ACAAUGAAUAGACUAGAGUUUGCUCAUAACAAAAGCGUAAAGCCAACCGAACAUAAUGGGUACAGCUCACCGCGCAUUGUGCGCCGAAGCUCGGAGCUUAGCUAGCUAUAGCUACGAUGAAUAGCGGUGCGCGAUUGGUCUAAAAGUUUUCUAAAGACCGUUGCCCAGAUAAAGUUAUUGUCAAAAGCCAAUGGCAAUGCGAUCAUGAUAUAUAAACCCUUAAACUGCACUGCAUUAAUUAUACCAUCAUCAGCUUCGGUCGAGUAAACAUCGCUACUUAAUUCUUCGCAAGAUUAUUCCCAAGUCUUACUUCAAAAUUCAAUUCGUCACUAAAUAAACAUCUUAAAGAAGAUGCCUACCACUGUCGUUAUGGUCCGCUGGCUUCAACCACUCCGCUACCGCGGCAUGGAGGAGACGGUCUCCCGUAGCCGAGUUCGUCAGAGGGGUCAUCUCAGUGUUGGCGAGGAGGUCCGAGUUCGAUACAAGCGCAGCUUCUACAAGGCAGAGAUCAUUGAUAAUGGUGAAGAGUCUUCCACCGAGCCCACAGCUUCUACCAUCCAAGAUGACGAAGCCAUCCCGGUCGAGGCUAGCCGUACUGCUUCCCCUCCUGCUUCUCCCCUUCGUCUGCAAAUCCUUGAGGAGGCAUCAUCACCAGACAGCCCUCCUAGAAUAGUCGGGAUCGGAGUACCACCAGCUCCGUUGCCGUACUUCACUCCGUUUGCAUCGACACCCCUGGUACCAGCGCCCCUGCACCACCACCCCAUCAACGCCGACGAAUCUGCUUCCGACGAGGUCCUGGUCUUCAAUCCAGUCCCUGAGUUCCAGUUUCCUCGCAACUCGCUGUUUGGCUUCGAUGACACCGAUGAUGUCAUGCUUCCGGAGGAGCGGACAUGGGAACUGACCACGCUUCCCUUCGGCUACUCCAACGCAGCAUCUGUACUCGGGACUGAACUCGACAGUGAUUUGGACUCCUACGACAGCGGUGCAGACUCCUACGACUCGGAAGACUCUGAGGGUGUUCCAAGCUUCGCCCCCUACCGAUUGUCGAAUGCCGCCAUCGAGGAUCACGCUCAGCGGAUGAUCAACAACCGCAACAGAUCGCGUCUCUCGUCUGCCAACCCAGCUACGACAUCGUCCCCUGGAUAUCACGAGUGCAUCGAAGAGGAGCUGCUAGAUGACAUCAUCAAAAGCGCUGAGGUUUCUCCUGACCAUGAUGACUCGACGCUGACUACAGUCCAGCGGUUCCAUGUCUUCCUCACCCGGAACAUCAAGCGCAUCGACGAGGAGAUCUUGCCAAGGGUGACUUCGUUAGCUGAGUUCAUGCUAGACGACAACGUACCUUGCCUGCGAUGCAUCGUCAACCUGACCAAGACCACUAGGAGAUUGGAGUCUCUGAGGGACAACUUGGCUGUCUUCUUGAGUGUGGCUUCGAGGACGAUGCACACCGCCCCUGAAGAAUGAACUUUGCUUCAGAAAAUGAACUUUCUUUUCCAGAAUAUAUUGAAUUAUGCUUGUGUAAUUUAUUGUUAUAAUGAUGUUAUUGUUUGUAAAUAUGAUCAUGAUCGCAAUUUUCCCAUGAGAGGAAAUAAACAUGUUUGAAAAAAGAAAGAAAAAACUAUGUGGAGUCUAAUUUCAAUUGUUACUAUCUUAGUGUGAUGAGAUUUUAUAUUGUUGGAAGAUAUGAAAUAUGCAAGUGCAAAUUGUGAACUAUGUGUAGAAUUGUGUUAAUGAAAGUCUGUUGUUAAGUGAUGGUAUAAGAGUUUUGGUCUUCGCAUAAAAGGUGGGUUGUAAGCAAUUUGACUGAAUAUGUUGGAGACUGGCCUUUCAACGUUUUCUGCUCUCUUUCUCUUUCAGUUCUCAGUAUUUUUGAUCUACUCUCACUUUCUAAAGUAUGUCUUUGUUCUUCUUUCUCACCUCUUCUCU